ACUGCGUUCUCCUGACCCAACAACAACAAUCCUCAUUAGACAGGCUCUAAGGGGACCCCAUUGCUCUCCCUAUACUAUCACGUCAUGCCUGCCUACCACUCCAUCUUCCUCGAGGACCGGGAUGUCCCCGUAAUAGGCAACUUCCCCGUCCUCCCCCUCCGCACCCGCACUCGCGGCCCCGCAUACACUCUCCCUCCGCUACCGCCUAACGCCGACACCGAAGUGCCCCCCGACAGCGAGUCCUACGACUGCGUGGACGAGAUCCUGUCGCUCUUCCGCGCCAAUGUUCUCUUCCGCAACUUCGAGAUCAAUGGCCCCGCGGACCGCAUGCUCAUCUAUGGAACGCUGUUCAUCACGGAGUGCUUGGGAAAGGUGAAGCCGGCGAUGACCGCUCGCGAUGCGGAGAAGGCUCUGAUCAAUGUCGCGCUCGAUCACUUUGCUAUUCCCGGUGACGUGGCCUUCCCUUUGAACCAGGCUUUCGAGGCUCCCCGCGAUCGUCAGGAUGCCGAAACACUUAGACAGUAUUUGUCUCAGGUGCGACAGGAGAUCGCUAUUCGGCUGCACGCUAGAUUAUACCCCGGCGGUGUUGGUCCCUCGAAGUGGUGGCUCAGCUUCACCAAGAGAAAGUUCAUGGGGAAGAGCUUCUAGGAUAGAUGUAUUGCUUUGAUUUUACCUUAGCCCUCUGGGUCAGCGUGUGACGAAACCCUCCAGGAUGGCUGCCGAAGUUCUGUCACUUUACUCUUGUGUAUAUUUGAAUAUGAGCGUUGUGAAAGCGGAAAUCAACGUGG